AUGACGGACGAGAACGCCGACGCCGAACAGGCGAUGGAGCACGCCACGGCGACGGAAAACCCGCACGCAGAGUUCGGCCUGACCGACAGCAUCCAGCGGACGUUGGAGCAAGAGAAGUCGUCCAAGCAGAAGGUGGACGUGCAGGCGCUGCCAACGCGCGCCUACUUGGACCAGACGGUGGUACCCAUCCUGCUGCAAGGCCUGGCCGUGCUGGCCAAGGAAAGGCCUCUGAACCCCAUCGAGUAUCUGGCGGCGUUCCUGCUCAAGAACAAGUCCCAGUUUGACGAGCGCAAUUGA